AUGACUUCCAAAGACUGUGGCUCUCACCACAGCCACUCCCGGCGCCGUAAGAUACUGCGCCGUAUAGUCUUCCCAAUUGUAGCAUUCAUCGCCCUGAUCCUUGUCGUAAUUUUCCUAACCUGGGCAAUCCUUCGACCAUCAAAGCCACGCUUCGUCCUCCUAGACGCCACGGUAUACUCCUUCAACGUCUCCGGCGAUCCACCGAACCUCCUCACUUCCAAUAUCCAGAUGACUCUCUCCUCUCGUAACCCUAACGACAAGAUCGGAAUCUACUACGACCGUCUCGACGUCUACGCUGCUUACCAGAGCCAACAGAUCACUUUUCCGACGUCCAUUCAGCCGACUUACCAAGGACACGAAGAAGUCAGCGUUUGGUCUCCGUUCGUCGGUGGAAACUCCGUCCCCAUCGCUCCGUACAACGCUCUGUCUCUUGAACAGUCAAGUGGGGGAAUCAGGUUGAUGGUUCACAUCGACGGGCGGGUUCGUUGGAAAGUCGGAGCUUUCACCACUGGGACAUAUCAUCUCUACGUUAGGUGUCCGGCGAUUAUCAGUUUCGGGGAUAGCCCCCGCGGUGGUGUUAUCGUCGGAGAUAACGCCGUAAAGUAUACGCUCACCAACGGUUGCAGUGUUUCUGUCUGA